AUGGUUGACGAGAGGCAGAAGACCAUGGGCUUUCCUACUCCAAAGGCUCCCACUGGAGUAAGUCAGGGCCACACUGACGUUGUGAGUGAUGCUGCAUUUCAGCAAAACACCAACAGCCUCGUGAAGUCAACACUGCAGGACGUCCACAGUUCUGUGUCCUGUCGUUAUAAUGAGUCAUACUUCAUGGCUCAGUCAGAUGAAUGUGGAAUCCAAACCAGAGGCCCAAUGGGUUCAGUAGCAUCGAAACCUCCAAUAGGUCACAACUGUCUAAGGAAGGCUUUCGCCCAGCUGUCAUUAGGAAUAUUCAAUGGGUGGUCUAAGGAUGGACUGAGCAAAGGCCAGGUCCCCAGAAGAAAACAGGAGCGGACUGAGCAACCCUGGUCCCCAGUCACGCCUCACUGCUCCGGGCGGGCUGCGGGGCUGGCCAUGAGCCCUGUGCUGUCCUCAUUCCUGAGGGAGCUGCCAGGCUGGUUCCUGCUCUCCGGAGUCUUCCUGCCGGUGGCUUUGCUGCUGCUCCUUCUCAUUGCCUACUUCAGGAUCAAACUGAUGGAGGUCAAAGAAGAACUGUCCCAGAUUCCUGAUCACCGACACAAUCGCGAGGCCAGCUCCUCCCUGUACCACCGUAGGAAACGAAGGUGUUCCUGACGUUGCUGGGACCCCUGCCCUUGCUGUCUGAGCUGAAUCAGGCUGGGCCCCAAGUGAACACUGCAUCUCCUUGCCUACUGGCGCUGCCCUGGACACACCUCCUAUCACUGCAAUCGUCUUUAGAAGCGUGGAAGGAUAUGUUCUCAAAAAUCCCUGGCAAGAUCAACCUCGGCUUUAAAAAUGAAUGUUAUAUACAUAAGCUUUCUGAUGAAAAAUAUAUUUACAGAGCCACAUUUGGUUCCAUACUAUUUCUAAGUCCUGGCUUGCUGAAAUAGGCUUCUUCAGAAAGGAGAGUUUUGUAACCAUUCUAGAGAGUGAGCAAGACCUUUCGAAGGUGAGAGAAUUCAGGGGAAACAGAUUCCAAAGGCAGCAGUCAUGCACAUUAUAUCUAAGACCUCACUUUAAAUGACAUGGGACAGGGAUUCUCCAGAACAUUUUCAGUGGAAUAUUCUCGUUGGUCAUUUGCUGUGUAAUGUUUUUAAUGUUUAAAGGAAAAUUCAGCACUUAAUCUGGUGGGUCUCAGCCAAAGCCCUCGGCACAGCCCAUUCUGCCUAACACCUUAAGGCCCCUGGAAAGCAAAGCAAAAUGUGAAACAGAGAAGCUUCAGGUGAUACAGCUAAGUAUUUCCUAAAUCAAAACAAAAAAUACACCAAAAAACCCCCCAAAACAAAACACCCAAGUGAAAUUAUCCCUUGGAGGAUUUGUAAAAGCUGUGGGUGACUAUGAAGCAAAGCCAGAGGAGUCUGCCACUCCAGACAUUAGAUUUACAGACUUCCAGCACUGCCCUGGCUGUGUGAAAUCGGUGGUGUUCACAGCAGCAUCAAAUCACUAAAGAGCUGAAUGACAGAUUUUACGAAUGUCACAUCCCACAAGGUAACAGGACUUCUGACUGAAAAUAUCACUUGAAUUUAUUUUUUAAACCUUUAUAAAAAGAGAAAUGACAAGGUUAGAGA